CCGAGGCGAUUGAAUUGAAUUGCGCAAGUCGACUUUUCUGAAGUGAAUUCGGAGAGGGUGAGAUUGGAACAGGGACGAAGAGGUGCGAUGCGCGCGGGUUUUUUGUAAGAUGGAAUUUGGGUUAAGAUGUUGGUGAGCAGAGGCAGUAGUCUAAGACGGAGUGACUAUAAGACGGUCUGUGUGUGACCUCCUGAUACUCGUACUCGAGUGUUAGGGGGGAUGCUGAUGUAUGGGAAUCGCCGUCGUUGAUGUGAGUGUAUGGAGCUCGGGAGGGAGACUUGUCGUCACACUCUUCCCAAGGGACUCUAACACGGUCUGUUCAGAUCUGUUAUGGCGUCAUCUCAUGCUAUAUUACCGAUGAACCGAGCAGAAGCGGACGGGAGGCCUGCAACGCGCUCUUCGAUUGAAUAUGUUCGCUCGGUUCAGCGUGUUUAUCUGUUGUUCUGGCACGCUGAUUCCAUGUGGCUAUACAUGAUCACACGCUGUUGUAUGGGAAAAUAUGCCAACGCGAUGUGUGGGUGUGGUUUCGAUUGCCCUCUCCUCAUCUACGAUUCAAUAAAAGGCGGAUGUGACAAUGGUACAUGUGAAGGUAGGAGCACUCGCAGUUUAGGAUGGUCCAGUUUUCCUGACCAAUGCAUGGUCCAGACUCCGUUCGUUCUCUCGAUCCUUCUCGUUUUUUGGCCGUUGUAUUGUCGCUGGAUUAGAUUUAAAGAUUUCGAUUUUUUGGCAAACAUCCUCUCUGGGUUGUGACCUUUUGAGUAGCCAUAAAAUCUUUGUGACCGUUGAUUGCCUAAUCCCAAAGACUCCUGUUCCCUCCCUUUCUGGUCAUCGUCUUCAUUCCCUUAGUUCAUCCAGUUCCUUUUCACCUCCACCGUUGAUCACUAAUCCCUUCUUUGAAGUUCUUUGGCGGUGCUGAAACGAUCAGUCUCCUCUCUCUCUCUCUCUCUCUCUCUCUCUCUCUCUCUCUCUGUGUGUGUGUGAGUGUGUGUGUGUGAGGAGAUUGAAUUACUUAAGGUAUACCAUCAACAAGCUUUGUUAGAAGACGCAGAGAAAGGAGAGCCAUUCCGUGGUGCUACACCAUUACGUCACGUUCCGUUACGUUACGUUCCGUUAUCAUGGAUACCGCCGCUGUCGUCAAUGUAUUUGAAUCGUUCUGGGAGAACCUGGACCGUUUAAUUGUCCUUAUUCCUAGCUUGAUAGUAAUGAUAUUCGUGUCUUAUCUUCUCGUGUUCGCAUUUCACACUUGCAAUCUGGUGUUCCUAAGUUAUAAGAGCAAGGGGGCCCAGCGCCGCAGCUGCCAAUUGGAGGAGCCACGAGGAGGAGUAGGAGGAGGAGGGGGAGGAAAAAGAGGAGGAGGAGAAGGAGUGGGGCAAAACGACGAAAUGACCAAAGGAGAGGUUGAAGAUCGCCACCGGGAUUGCCAGCAGUCUACAAGCGAGUUGAUGGGUCAGCUGCAGCAGGAGGAUGAACUGCCGCCACGUGGCGCCUCCUCCUCCGACGAUGCCGUCGAUGUCAUCGUCGUUGGCGCUGGCGUUGCCGGCUCUGCCUUAGCGUUCACACUUGGCAAGCAAGGUCGACGCGUGCUUCUGCUGGAAAGAGACUUGUCAGAACCAGAUAGAAUAGUCGGGGAACUGCUUCAGCCUGGAGGCUACCUGAAGCUGAAAGAACUGGGCAUGGAGGACUGCGUGGACGGGAUCGAUUCCCAAAUGGUGUAUGGGUAUGCGCUCCUCAAAGACGGCCGUGAAGCUAAAGUAGGGUACCCUCUGCCAAGAGAGACUUAUGGGAAAGACGUUGCGGGUAGGAGCUUCCAUCACGGGCGGUUCAUUCAGAAAUUACGCGCGAAGGCCGCGUGUGUGCCGUUAGUCACCGUUAAGGAAGCCACCGUUACCUCGCUGAUCGAGGACGAAGGGGGUGCUGUGAGGGGCGUGAAAUUCCGCACUGGCAGGGCCGCCUCCUCUUCGGCCCAGGAAGAGGAGGCCCUCGCCCCCCUCACCGUCAUUUGCGAUGGGUGUUUUUCUAGGUUCCGUAAGACCUUGUCCAGUGGCAAGGUCGACAGCACCUCCUGCUUUGUGGGGAUGGUACUGCAAAACUGCGACUUGCCGGUCCCGAACUAUGGUCACGUGGUCAUUGCGAAUCCGUCUCCGAUUCUGUUUUAUCCCAUCAGCAGCACGGAGGUGAGAUGUUUGGUUGAUGUCCCGGGUACCAAAGUCCCAUCCAUCCACACUGGGGAAAUGGCAGAGCACCUGAAGACCCAAGUUCUCCCUCAGCUACCUGCCAAGCUUGCGAAACCCUUCUUGGAGGCCGUCGAAAGGGGUCAUAUUAGAUCUAUGCCGAAUAGCACCUUACCGGCUGCGCCUUUGCCCCGGGCCGGUGUCCUUCUGAUGGGGGACGCAUUUAAUAUGAGACACCCCUUGACUGGGGGUGGGAUGACGGUGGCGCUGUCCGAUAUAGCCCUCCUUAGAGAUAUGCUGAGGCCUCUGCCGACGUUCGGCGACGUGUCUGCGAUCACCGACUAUUUGCAAGCCUUCUAUACGAGAAGGAAACCCAUGGCGGCCACCAUCAACACCUUGGCCUUGGCUCUGUACAAAGUAUUCUGCGCGUCGCAGGAUGCCGCCAUGCUCCAGAUGAGAGAAGCCUGCUUCGACUACCUGAGCUUGGGAGGGGUUUUCUCUGCAGGUCCUGUCGCCCUGCUCUCGGGACUGAACCCGCGGCCGCUAAGCUUGGUCUUUCACUUCUUUGCAGUGGCACUGUAUGGUGUUGGGCGCCUUUGCUUCCCUCUCCCGUCCAUUCACCGCCUCGGGAUAGGCAUGCGAUUGAUCAAAGGAGCCUCUAACAUCAUAUUACCCAUCAUCAAGGCUGAAGGCAAAGAAAAGUCAAUGUUGUUGGCUUACGGUCUUCUCCACUGGAACGUGAAAGUCGACCUUUGUGGGCUUAAAGGUCUCUUCCACAAGAAAGCAAAUGUCGGCUUUCUGGGCUUACCAGUCGUCUACGAGGUGAUGCGAACUCUACUAGAAAGGCAUGGGCGUCACGUUCUUCUUCAAGACAACACAAACUUCACAAGGCAUGGGCUCCAUGGUCUUCGAGAAGACGACAAGAACUACACUAGAAAAGCAUGGGCUUAACGGUCUUCCACAAGACAACACGGUCUUCUCCAUGAGAAAGCCAAAGUGAACUUUCUGGGCUUAUCAGUCGACAUGAACUACACUAGAAAGGUACGGGCAUCACGGUCUUCUACAUGACAAGACAAACUAUACUAGAGACCCGGGAACUGCACUAGAAAGCAAGGGGCUGAACCGGUUUGGACAAGUCAACAGGAGCUACACUACAAAGGUGUGGACUUAAGGGUCUUCUACGCGACAGCAAGAACUACUACACUAGAAAAGGGACAGUUUUUUUUUUUUUUUUUUUUUUCAUAUAAAGUCCAUGGUGUUGUAGAGGCCGGUCACUGACUACACAGUGAUCACCUGGAUGAGUAGGCGGUGGGUGUCCUUGAAUAUGAGACCACCUUCCCAUCCCAUCCUCACGUCAAUACUCUUAGCGCACCCCCCAUCCCACUAUCCUACCUCAGUGUGACGAGCACUCAGGAUCAUCACCCUACCAACGGGAAGGUGACUUGGACCGAACAGCAGUGACAGGCACCAGGGCUGGUUACCCAGCCCUGGCGGAAGCAGAGUCGGACAAGCCUUGUCAAAUGAGGACUUUGGGCACCAGGCCCAGACAGUGUACUACAGGUCCCAAGAGAUUCUAGGCCCUAGGUUAGACAGGGCAUUGAAGCAGUCUUACCGUCCUUCCCUAGCUUACCCAAGGCCAGGCGGAACUCAGAACGGCCUAAGCGACUUAUACCCCUAUCCUUAGCCUAGGGUCUAAGCCUAAGCCACUAGAUAGUUCUAUCCGAAUAUCAGUAGGAACUCCGGUGACCAGCCUCGUACCUACUACGAUACUAGACCCCACCCAGUGAUAGACCCCCCCAGUCUGAUAGUUGUAUAGUUUGCAAUCUAUGUGUGUAUAUCCGAAGGCUAGAUGUACAGUUAGCACCAUGUGUGGAAACUUGUGUAUGUAGCCCAUAGGCCAUGUAUAGUUCGCAAGCUAAGUAUGUAUGCCCGAAGGCUGUGUGUGCUCUGUGAAUCGUUGUAUGGAGAUGUAACGGCAACGAGCUGGACAAGGAUCCCCCCCAAGGACCAAACCGGGACAGUUUUAACGGUCUUCCACAUCACAACACAAACUAUACUAGAAAGGCCUCUAGGAGACAAAGAAAGAAGAUCAGCUUUCUAGUGUGUCACAGUUCACAGUUCUCUACAAGCAAGCUCACUUUUCCUUUUUCUCUUUUUUUCUUUUUUAAAGAAAGAAAGCUCACUUUCAAGGACUGGAGGAGUAUUUAUCUCACAAAAGUGAUGAUCACAUCUGUUCGAGAUGACAUCGGACAUCUGACAGCUGAUGUCAGACUAUGGCUGACAUGGCCUCACGUCAGACAAAGUCUGCUUGGGGACGUUGGGGGCUAAUGCCCCCAUUGGGAAUUUGCCCAAGGCCUUCAAAUGACUAUAGCUAGCAGCCUAGCAGUGAAGCUAGUUAUUUGAAGCUGAUUGGAACGAUUGCUAUGGUGGCAGAACUAUAGCAUGGCAGACAUUGGCGGUGUGAGAGUGAAGAGGAAGAGGAGAUGGUAUGUGAGUCUGUGGAUGGGAUGGUACAGAAUCCACAGCAGUCACUGGCAGAAAAAACUGAGUCACUGGCGUAUAUAGUCUACAUGGGGGAUGAUAGGGGGGGGCAGCAAAGGAGGGGUUGAUUUUCCAGUGUGAAAGAGAGAAGAGAGGUAGUAGGAAAGAAAAGGGUUGUAUAUAUCACUACACUACCAUCUGGCAGUUCUGCCUUUGAGAAGAGACUGUAUGGCCUUUCAAAGGAGGCUUGCAGUUGUAUGAUAAUGACUGUAUACAUCCCCAGCAAUUUCGACGGUUUACAUCUACCGA